AUAUUAUUUAUUUAUUAUCAUUAUCAUAUGAUAUAUAUGAUGAUAAUAAAUUAGUGAAUGAUGAUCCUUCUUUCUUCUUAGCUUCUUCAUCAACUCACCUUUCAACCCCUAAAACCCAUUUCAACCACACUGAUUUUUCACCCCCUUUUUUAUUUCUCAAUCUUAGAUCAUCACAAAUUGAAUUGAAAAUUUGAAGAAUAAAAAAAGGGGAAAAAAAUCAUUUUUAUUUUUUUUACAAAAAUUCCCCUUUUGUGAAAUUUGAUCCAUCUGGGCACCGACAAAAUUCGAUUUUUUCUGUGCCUAGAUCACUUCAAAGUUAUAAUCUUUUUCAGUUUUUGAUUAUUGGGUCGAUUUAAUUUUGGUUAAUUAUUGGUGGGUUUGAUCUAAAAAUUUGAUUUUGCAGUUUUUCAUUUCUCUCUGGUUUUUGGUGAUUUUGAAAUGGUCUAUUUCCAUAGCUCAAUCUCUCUUUGUAAGUCAGUUGAUCAACCUCCAGUUCCUUCAUCCAUGGCGAAUUCGAUUGAUUUCGGAUCGAAAUCAAGGCAAAGCAAUAAUUUUCAGAGGAAUAAGAAGAAUCAUAAUAGUUCAUCAUCAUCAUCAAAUUCUCUUCAGAUUCCACCUUGUGAUCGAUCUAGAUCAGCUAUGAUUGAUGUUGUUAUCUUCAUUGCUGUUGUUAUUGCUUGUGGAUUUUUGUUCUUCCCUUAUGUUGAGUUUUUAGUGAUUAAGUCAAUUCAGAUUAUAAGCAUGGUGUUAAUUUUGAUUAAGGAAGAGUUUUCUAUUGCACCUUAUAUUUAUAUAUCUAUUGGAUUAAGUGUUGUUUGUGCUGCAUUGGCUACUUGGGGUGUUGUUGUUUGCACAACUAAUAAAUGUGGUAAUCCAAAUUGUAAGGGUUUGAAGAAAGCUGCAGAAUUUGAUAUUCAAUUAGAGACUGAAGAUUGUGUGAAGAAUUCGCCGAAUUUUGUGAAAGAUGGUGGUGUUUGUAAGAAAGGUUUAUUUGAAUUGCCUCGCGAUCAUCAUAAGGAACUUGAAGCUGAACUUAAGAAGAUGGCGCCGGUUAAUGGAAGAGCUGUGCUUGUGUUGAGAGCUAGGUGUGGUUGUUCUGUUGGUAGGUUAGAAGUUCCGGGACCGAAGAAGCAACGAAAGAUCAAGAAGUAGGCAACGCAACACAACAUAGCAAUAUCCUUUUGAUUUAUAGGGAGGAGAUGGAUUGAAGAAAGGGAAGGAAAUGAAUAAUCGAAUCGUUAUAGAAUGUUUAAUGUCCUUUUUGGAUCUGAUUUUCUCAUUCUAUGAGGAACUAUGAUGUCUUUAAAUAAGCCUUUUGGUAAUAAGUUGUAAGGAACUAUGUUUCAUACAAAUUUUAGUUGGUUAUACUUGACAAUAUACAUAAAAACAUUUAUUUCCAUUUA